CAGGUAACCUAGAUCUACAUUGAAAACACAGUAUGUUUAUCUCCUAAUUCAAACUUUGAACUAGCGCUAAGUAAUUUUCCCGUCCAAAGUUAUGUACACACCAUGCCACGGUCGGGGCCGUUAUCAGUGACGCCAUGGCGACGUCGGCGACCAUGUCACAAGUAAACUUUCAACCCGGAUUGUGCAUACCUGACCGACACAGGGUCGCCUAUGUUACUUACUAUUGGAGAUUAACGUGCGCUUUGCGACAUUGUGCGUAUUUCACACACGGAGUCGCCUGUGUUGGUGUGAACGUGGGUCCUGGUCCUGGUAUGUCCGUGGAUCCUGGUCCAACACCCUGUGAAGUCCACUUCAACUGCAGGCCCAGAUAAAACGGAAGCAGAUUGACUGAAAUUAUGCAGGUUCUCAAAAUGAUCCAAGUUGGUAAAGUUGGACCUGUCAAAACAAGAUACCUGCUGCUUGUUUCACUGUUGGUCAUCGUCAUCCUCCUGAACGGCGGCGUCAGCAUGGUCCUGCUCAAGCUUCGACACCCUGGACAGAUCCCAGUCAAGAUUAUGACUGCUCCACUAUUUGUUCCCGAGGAUCCCGACUUCAAGCAGAGGGUUGGAGAUAUCAGAUCGCCCGGCUUAUGUCCCAAGACAUCACCCCUUUUAGUUGGAGAAACUCAAGUAGAUGAAAGCCCAACCGAUCUGCUCCAUCUGAGUCGGACGUUUAUCAACUCAUUCCGUCCGGGGGGACACUACAAGCCCCCGGAGUGUGUGUCUCGAACUAAGACAGCUGUCAUUGUGGCAUACAGGAACAGACAACGCCACCUUGUGGUGCUCCUCAAUCACCUCAUCCCCUUCCUAGUCCGUCAGCAGGCAGACUUCGCCAUAUUUGUUGUAGAGCCGCUGCCCAACGUGACGUUUAACAGAGCCCUCCUGAUGAACAUCGGCUUUGUGGAGGCUCUCAAGACUUACAACUUUACCUGCUUUAUCUUCCACGAUGUGGAUCUCUUGCCGGUGACAGACCACAACCUCUACCGAUGUGGUGCCACACCCAGACACAUGGCUGUGUCCAACAGCAAACUUGACAACAUUCAUUUCAGUGGUGGUGGCUUUCAUGCCUAUGCUGGUGGUGUCAUGGCGAUGUCGAGGGAUAUUUACAUGGACAUCAACGGACACUCUAACCUCUAUUUCGGCUGGGGCGGAGAGGACGACGACUUGUUGAGCAGACUGGCGUAUAGGAACUACAUGAUAUCCCGUUAUCCCAGUAACAUAGGGAGAUACAAGGCCGUGUACCACACCGAGGACAGGGGGAACAGUGUCAGCAAUACCAGGUACCAGUUGUUGUGGACGGCAGAGGAGCGCCUCAAGGCAGAGGGACUGAGCUCCCUGAAGUACAGGAAAGUCAAACACGAGGCCAGACAGUUCUACACCUGGAUUUUUGUUGACAUAAAUAAGAAUGAAUACAGCCAAGCCAUAGCUGACUUCACAUAGGAACGUGCCUACUUCAUCCCACGACCAAAAGUGCACAAUGAGAGACAUAAAGUGCAUCGCGUGGCCACACAUUGCACACUGAGAGACGUGAAGUGUAUCACGUGACCACACAUUGCACACUGAGAGACAUGAAGUGUAUCACGUGACCAGACAUUGCACACUGAGAGACGUGAAGUGUAUCACGUGACCACACAGUGCACACUGAGAGACGUGAAGUGUAUCACGUGACACACAGUGCACACUGAGAGACGUGAAGUGUAUCACGUGACACACAGUGCACACUGAGAGACAUGAAGUGUAUCACGUGACCACACAUUGCACACUGAGAGACGUGAAGUGUAUCACGUGACCACACAGUGCACACUGAGAGACAUGAAGUGUAUCACGUGACCACACAAUGCACACUGAGAGACAUGAA